CUCCUUCCCAACACCAGCAGAUUUAACAAGUCUGAGGACGUGAUUGAAAAGAAUCAAAAAGCUCUAAAUAAAUCCAACUUCAAUUUAAUUUCUAUUCCUAACUUACACAGGUAAGGCUCAGUGAGAUUAAAAAUCGCUUUUCCAAGAGUGUCCAAGAUCAGCAGCAGGACGUUCAUGUGUGAAAAUGUUCAGAAAGGUGAAGGUAGAGAAUCCUCAAUAACUGUAUUGUUUUUGGUUUGUCAAUCCUGCUUUUAGUUUUUAUUCAAGGGAUUUAAUAUUUUUAAAGCAACUUUGCCACUUUUUUCAGAGGAUUAGAGGCUUAUUAAUUAAAGGGCUUUAAUAAUAAAAAAAAAUUGUUUUUUUUUUAUAUUAUUAUGAUAUAUUUUGACUAUGAAAUAAACUGCAGUAUAUGAUUUAUUUUAGAUGUAAAAUACCAAACAAAAAAUGCUCCUAGUAAAAAAAAAGGUCUUGUGUUGGGGGGUUACUCAUUAGCUUCAACAAAGACCCCUCAGUGUAUUUCUUUCGUGAGAGAGAAAUCCCAAAGAAAAAAGCUAUGCCAAAGUCCAGUUAUGUAAGCUGUCCUGGAAUUUGAAGUGCCGUGUUCAGUGGUACCUUUGGUGGUCCACUCAGACCUCCAUGCACAUGCAUUCUGGAGCGACUUCAUGUUUAACAGGUAUGUCAGAUAUGACAAGUUCAAUUGAAUUUUAAACUUUUUAUUUAUUUUUUUUCAUUCAGGUUGAUUUAAAACUGUUUUUUUUCUCCCAUUAAGGUGAAAAUGUCCCAUAACCGAAAUGCAACACUGCUCCUCUUGUGUGUUGUGUUUCUGUCAUGGAGAUUGAGUCACGGCGGCAAGAUUUUGGUUAUUCCUUUGGAGGGAAGCCACUGGGUAAAUAUGGACAUCAUGAUUAAAGCUCUGCACUCUGAGGGACACUCUGUGGAUGUGAUCCGAACCAACCAAAGCUGGUACAUCCUGGACGGCUUCCCACACUAUGAAACAAUCACGGUUCCUGUUGUUGAAGCCUUCAACCACGACUUUAUCCAGCCAGUCCUGAAGAAGAUCAUUAACAUUGAGAGGGGGGAGGAGUCCUUUUUGACCUUUGCCAGUUUGCAGGUUGAGAUGUUCGAUGCCAUGUUUAAUAUGCAUAGAAUAAUCAGCAAAAUGGCGACCAGCAUGUUAAAAGACGAAGACUUCAUGGACAUGUUGAGAGAGCGUCAGUAUGACUUGGUUUUCACUGACCCGGCAUGGGGGGCAGGUAUACUGUUAGCUCAUGCUCUGAAACUCCCUCUGGUUUAUAAUGUGCGCUGGUUAACAAGUGGAGAGGGGCACUUAGCCAUUACACCCUCACCUUUAUCCUACAUCCCGAUGACUGGAUCAGGACUGUCGGACAAAAUGACUUUUAUUCAAAGACUUCAAAACUUCUUUUUUUAUUUACUUUGGCAAUUUCAGGACACAGUCUUCACCAACCCUCAGUAUCAGGCAGUGUGUGAUGAGAUCUUCGGCCCAGAGGUCAAAUAUAGAGAGUUAUUACAAGGGGCAGAUAUUUGGCUCAUGAGAGCUGAUUUUGUCUUUGAAUUUCCUCGUCCCACCAUGCCUAAUAUUAUUUAUAUUGGAGGCUUUCAGUGCAAACCUGCUAAACAACUUCCUGCAGACCUGGAGGAGUUUGUGCAGAGCUCAGGAGAGCAUGGAGUCAUCCUCAUGUCUCUGGGUACUUUUGUCACUGAACUUCCUGCCGAUGUAACCAAUGAGAUAGCUUCAACUUUUGCAAAAUUACCUCAGAAGGUCAUCUGGAAACACAAAGGAGACAAACCAGCUAAUCUAGGCAACAACACUUUACUGGUGGACUGGAUGCCACAGAAUGAUCUUUUAGGACAUCCAAAGAUUAAACUUUUUGUGGCUCAUGGAGGGACAAACGGUGUUCAAGAAGCAAUUUAUCAUGGAGUUCCAGUUGUUGGUCUACCUGUGUUUUUUGACCAAUACGACAACCUGCUUCGUCUUGCAGCGAGGGGAGCAGCUAAGAUCCUGUCCUUAGCCACGGUGGACAAAGAUGACAUCUUCCUUAACGCCAUACAGGAAGUCCUAAUUGAGCCCUCAUACAGGAUGAACAUGCAGAGACUCUCCAGGCUGCACAAAGACACUCCUAUGAAGCCCCUGGAUAGCGCCCUCUUCUGGAUUGAGUAUGUCAUGAGACACAAAGGUGCAGCUCACCUGAGAACAGAGUCCUACAAGUUGCCCUGGUACUCCUACUACUCUGUGGACGUUGUUUUAUUUCUGACUGGAGCUUUGCUUCUUGUACUACUGACUGCUUCCAUGUUGCUCAGAUGUUUAUGUAUAACAGUGCGUAAAAAUAAAGCCAAACGUGACUAA